GUUAUCGCUCCCUCUCUCUCUUCCAAUCACUCCCUCUCUCAGGAUCGUAUCCGGCCUCUCCCACUGCAGUCUCUCUGCACCGGUCUCUGACCUUCAGCAGCCUGGGACCAUGCAAGCCUGCCUGCCCAGGUCCUAUCUAACCCCAGUGAGAGAUGAGGAGGCAGAGUCUCAGAGGAAGGCCAGAUCCCGCCAAGCCAGGCAAACCCGCAGAUCCACACAGGGUGUGACCCUGGCUGAACUGAAGGAAGCUCAGAGGACCAACAGCCUGUCUCCCCUGGACAGAGACAGACAGACAGCAGAUGGACAUAGCAGACUGACUGACAGGUCCUGUCUGCGGGGGAAAUGGGCUGCAGAGGACAGAGGAGAGACCAGGACCAAACUGGCUCAGUCUAUGGAGACAGAGGAUCACAGUCCCACAUGGAGCAGGGAGAUAGAUGAGCUCGGAAAUCAUAGAUCAAGGCUGGGGACCAUGGAGGCAGAAUAUUCCUCUGCUAGUGGGCACUAUACCAGCCUGGCCAACCGCACAUCCUCCAGAGUUGUUGAAUGGAAAGAUGAAAACCAGAACCCAAUUGAGGAUCCCUCCAAACAUGUCCUCUCCACAAGAGAGAAACAAGUUCGAUUCUGUGACCAAGAGUCAGAUGAAGCCUACCAGAAUUUUGAGAGUGUGGAGAUGUCAUCUAUGUACCCCCGCACCAAGGAGCUGUCCAGGACUAGGAAGUCUCUGUCCGACUCACCACCCUCUUCACCCUCUCCUACCGCCAAGAACUUCAGACAUGACAGGGCAUCAAGGUUGGACUCUGGUGGUGGGGACAGCAGGGCUGAACCUCUGGGCAGAACCAGCUCCUACACACGCAGGGAAACCAGAUUGGCAGCGCUGAACAAGCAUGAGGACGACACCAGCUCCAGGGAUUACAAGAAGAUGUAUGAAGAUGCUUUGGCAGAGAAUGACAAGCUCAAGUCCCGGCUGGAUGAUAGCAAACAGGAGCUGACCAAGAUACGCACCCAGCUGGACAAAGUCACCCAGAAACAGGACAGAGUAUCUGAAAGAUCCACUGUACUUGAAUCAGAGAAAAGGGAAAAACAGGCUCUGGAGAAGAGGGUAACGGACAUGGAGGAAGAGCUCAAGGUCUUGACAGAGCUUAAAUCAGACAACCAGAGACUGAAGGACGAGAAUGGGGCUCUGAUCCGUGUCAUCAGCAAGCUGUCCAAGUAAGAGGUUGGAAGCCUCUGUCCAAAGUCAUAGUAUACUUCCUUCAAGCUUGCAAUGUGUGUCACUAUCAUUGGCCUUCGGCACCCUCCCACCCUGAGACUGUACCAUGGUGCUCAGUGACACUUACCUGCCAACUGUUCUCAGAGGCAUGGUGAGGAACCGUCAAAUUCCUGAUGACCCCUGGCCUACUAUGACGCCAUGUUCAUUGGCUCACUUCAUACCAGGAGGUCAAAGUGGGGAGGAGAACACACAGCGUUGGCUCAAAGAGGGUGUUGAUCUGGGGUACAGUAAACUCCGAAGCUCCAGGCCAGAAAUCUCUAAUCAAUAUCACAUCCACAUAUUUUACCUAUACAUCACAAACAUAUGUUGAUUUUGUGCUUCAGUGUGCACUGCAGAAAAAAAUGGCGAGACAGAUGUCACAUUUGUUGGAUAUUUUUAUAUAAUUUAUGAAAUUUUUCCCUCAAAUAUUUAUACUUAUACUCAACCAUAUUUUUACCAAUAUAUUAUUAAUAUGUAUCCUCUUUAAGCAUUUUAGGAAACACUACCAUUAGUCCACAUAGUGCCUCACGCUAUGAGAUGGACAGCAUUUUUUUUUCAGGUGUAACCUGUACAUGAUUUGUAAUGCAGAUAGUACAGGGCACAACACAGGGCCUCUUUAUCACAGGACGUCGGUGGCACCUUAAUUGGGGAGGACGGUCUCGUGGUAAUGAGCAGAAUCAGUAGGAAUGUUAUCAAAUACAUCAAACACAUACACUCCAUUCCAGCCACGAGACCGUCCUCCCCAAUUAAGGUGCCAUCGACAUCCUGUGAUAAAGAGGCCCUGUGUUGUGCCCUGUGCUAUAACGUGAGGCACUAACGUGAGACACUUUAUGUAUACUACAUGUGCCUUUCCUGAAAGAAUACAGCUAUCUGUCUACACAUGUACUGUAAGUAUAUUUAAAGACCGUAUCUUACGUUGAAACAACUUUACCAUGUAUGUAUUAUAAGAGAGCGAAAAAGACUGAAUUGCUACUUGUACAUGUCUGUGGUUUGAUCACUUGCUCAAUAAACUGUAGAUGGUUAAAUAUGUGA